UCUGAAGUCAACAUCUGGAUAUCCUGAGAUGACCAGCUGGUUCUAAAUGAGUGUCUGUCAAUCAGCCUCUGAAAAGAGGCCAAGAGUUGGUGAUGGCGUCACAAUGAAGACUCAACAAUAAGAAAAAAAACUUGCUCUGGCUUUAAAUACCACUCUAUGGGUAAGCACUUGUCUGAUUGAAGGCUUAUUUCACUGCAAGGACUUUGACUGUCUGGACUGUUUUUAAACUGACUGGAAAGCAAUGUAGCUGGCUCCUGAUUGGUGAGACCUGCUGCCAGAGGCCAAUGACUGACAGAAGAUGUCCAUGAGCGUAAAGAAGAAGAAGUCAUCCUCUGUGCUCUCUGACGCUGCCUCUAGUAAUCAAUCUCAGCGCUAUCCUUCUUCGACCCCUCCACUACCUCUCAGGUCUCUGCAACUUGUUGCUAGGCAACCACAGGCAGCUGUUGUGCUGCGGGAGCGUAAGAAGGCCAAAGGCCAGGCGUCGGCGAUCAGGGAGUCCUGGCCGCGCCCUUCAGCAACAUCCCACCACAGAUCUCUGACUCCACCCUCCAGAGAGCGUUCAGUUGCAGAAACUCGGCAACGGCCCUCCAGUAUUCCAAGAUCAGACAUCGUCUCAGUAGCUGCCUCGGUGUCCCAGAAUCCUCUGCUUCCUGCAGCCUGUCCUCAUCGGUCAGUUCCUGCUAGAGCUACGCCCAAUGGGCGAGGUUCCGAUUUAACCAUGAUGUCACUACUGCUGUUUUACCACAGUUCUUCCAGUCUUUUGGGCAUUGAUGGUAAAAUUGAGCAGGCAAUGGAUCUGGUAAAGAGUCAUCUGAUGCUGGUGGUGCGUGAAGAGGUGGAGCUUUUACGAGAGCAACUGAGAGAACUGCAGGAGAGAAACCAGCAGCUGGAGAGAGAAAACCACAUCCUGAGAACGCUGACCCACAACAUCUACUCGCCAUCAGGACACAGAAUAUCUCAAUAAUAUUCUCACGGACAAUCACAGUGUUCUCCUCUUGGACACAUACAGUCUGAAAUUAAUUGGGCAGCAACAGUUUCCUUGUUGGAAGUAGAAAAUGUCAGGCAGUGAAAAAACUGAAAACGUAUUCAGGCGAUGGAGGGCUAACAGGCUAGUCAGCUAAAAGGCUAGUCCACUUUUCAGCUGAUGUUAAACUGGUGUGCUAGCGCGACACGAUGCUACAAUAUCAAAUUUUUAACUUUCUGCACUUUCACUGAUACAUUCAUUGCUUAAUGUGAAGAUCAGCUGCAAUUUGUAAAUCAGGAAAGAAGAGUAAUCUUUAAAGGGUCUUAGCGUUGCCUGGUAAAGCAGUGGGACAUUGUGCAGCUUGUCCUCAAAUCUAAAUCCAAGAGUUCACUCUGCUUUUGUCAGAAUUAGAUUAACAGAACGGGCUGAUAAUUCACGGCAUGCAUCAUUUUUGUGUGUUGACAUGAAUACAGUUCAAAACUGCAACAAACUUUACAACAGGGUAAUGCAAUACAGGGUUAAUAAUGACUAAUAUGCUUCUUCCUGCAUUUACAACCGUUUUAAUUUUCAGCAUGAUUGUUAUAACUGGCUCAAAUUGAUAUCAUUUCCUCUAAUCUGACGUUCUCUUGGUCGUCCUACAAACUCAGAGCAAUAUAACAUCUGUCCAGAGCAGAUAAACAUAAACAGAACCCGACUUUUAAAAAAAAUCUGAACCGUUUCUUGACAGAAACGUUUCCAUUUCAAGGUGAAUCGAAGACCAACCUGCAGCUACCAAGUCCAAUCAACUUGUUUAUGAAAUUCUCGUGACUCACUGAACUCAAACAAACCUAAAAAUGACAGAGAAACCAGACACUCUGAAACUUGAUAUACUGUUUUCAAUGAUUGCAUGUCAAUUGUUUCGCUUACAACGCCCUUGUAACACAGAGGUAAAGUUCACACACCUGAGUGAGUGCUUGCUGCUAAACCAACUGUGUUGUCAUGGUAACAUUUUACAUUUACUUUUACAUUUUAUGUGUAAUUCUCACAUUUUGACAACAGAACGUGUUGCUGCUGCUAGAAUGAAAAUGAUUAUGAUGAAUUAUAAUGUAUAAAUAAAUUAAUGAGGCAUAAUUAACC